ACGGACGCUGUCUGUCCAUCCCUGGUCGCCGCCCAUCCUGUUCUCCCUCAAUCCUUUCUAUAAUCCGUUAGCCAAGCUGCAGCCAUACAGUCACUUCUAGGAGGCAGAUCCAGAAGAAUGUCCUUCUUCUCCAGGAAGAAGCAGCAUGCGCAGGCUCCCUCCAAUGUCACCGUCGCCACUUCCCCAAGCGCCGCCCUCGCUCAGAUCUCUCAGAGCCAGCACCAGCCACAGAAGCAACUAGCAAAAGAGGCCAGCUAUGAUAGGUAUGAGCUGUUUCUAUGAAUGCGCUGGCAGCACAACCGCUCAUAAUACUUUACUUGACGCACUUUCCUCGUACACCGGAAUUGCAAUAAAUGAUAGCGGACUCAAUGGACGAGCUAGUCCUUCUGUUGCUCCAAAUUCUUCUUCUCCUGCUGCUGCUCAACUUGCUCAGCGACAGCAGCAGCAGCAGCCCCGUGGAGGGAGCCCCAACGUCAAUGGCAGCAUGUUGCAAGGACCUGAGAAGCCAGUUCUUGCACAACAGCAAACUGCGAUACAACCUCAGAUUCCUCAACAGGUCCAGCAACAGCCAUCCCAGCAAGGCCAGCAGCCUCCUCCACAACGGCCAGCCUUCCCUUGGUCACAACGUCGUCUCUUGUUACCUCCACCAGUGACUUUCCCGACACCUGGGGUUGUACCACCGACAACCCCGUCUCCUUCACCAUUCCCUCGAUAUGGGCAUGCACUACCUGCGACAGCCUCGAGCACCGGUGAACUGUUCCUCUUUGGUGGUCUCGUACGAGAGACUGUUCGCAAUGACCUCUAUAUCUUCUCUUCUCGAGAUCUGUCUGCGACAUUACUUCAAACUGCAGGAGAGAUUCCGACACCUCGAGUUGGACAUGCCUGCGCUAUCGUUGGCGGCGUCUUGAUUGUCUGGGGAGGAGAUACCAAGGCAAGCAAUAAGCCUGGAGAGAAGCAGGACGAUUCACUCUACUUGCUAAACCUCGGAACGAGGGAGUGGACAAGAGUACCUGUCUAUGGACCUUCCCCCGUUGGACGUUACGGUCAUGCUGUGACCAUGGUCGGCUCCAAGUUCUACAUGUUUGCUGGACAGGUGGACGGCGAGUUCAUGAAUGAUAUCUGGGCGUUUGACUUGAACACUCUCCGCAGCAGAGCCGCUUGGGAAUUCAUCGAACCCGCCGAGGGCUCACCUAAGCCUGCCCCUCGGACCGGACAUGUCUGUGUAACGUACGGAGAGAAGAUUAUCUUGUUUGGUGGAACGGACUGCCAAUACCAUUAUAACGAUACCUGGGUUUUUGAUACCAUAACUCGCACCUGGUCCGAGCUGAACUGUAUAGGAUUUAUUCCAUCACCAAGAGAAGGUCAUGCUGCCGCCUUGGUCGAUGAUGUCAUGUACGUCUUCGGAGGUCGAGGUUUGGAUGGGAAGGACCUGGGCGAUCUGGGUGCCUUCAAGCUAUCUAACCAACGAUGGUACAUGUUCCAGAAGAUGGGGCCGGCACCAAGUGCUCGUUCUGGACAUGCCAUGGCCUCUGUAGGUUCUCGAGUGUUCGUGCUUGGUGGCCUUGGAGGGGAGUCCCUUGAUCCUACGAAACCUGAGGAUCCCACACUCAUUCAUGUCCUCGAUACGAAGCACAUCAAGUAUCCAGAUUCUAACAAAGCGCCACCAGCAGGUCCCCCGACGGGUCCGAGCCGAAAGUCAUCUGUCACCGUUCAGGGUGCAGCACGAUCAACGUCACCUCAACUGAAUGGUGUCAGAGCAACUUCUCCCGUAAGCGACCAAGGCAUUGACGCAGAAGAGCUCCGCCGUCAGAUGGUCUCUCCUUCCAGUGUGCGGUCCGUGAAGCAGAACGGAUCUGCUCAGCGUGCAGUAACUCCUAGUGUCGAUAAAGGCAAGGCCCCACUGCGCCCGCGUAGAGAGGACGGCGACGAGUUGGAUGAAAACAAUCCUGAUAUCAUCUCUGGACAGAGAGCUAUCUCACCAGACCAAGCUCGUGCAAGGAGUCCGAAUGCAUUUAGCUCUAACCGUGCCGCAUCGCCUAAUGGUGAAAACUACGCUCAAUCGUUAGGUAUGGCUGGUGCGGCCAUGGGUAUAAACGGAGUUAACGGUAAUGUGGUCCGAGCUGCUUCUCCUUCCGGAGGCUACUAUCCUCACAAUCCAAGCUCGCCUUUACCAAACGGUUAUACUCAUGGCAAGGUAGGAUCGACAGGCAACAUUGCAGCAGAUCUCAUUCGCGACCUAAAGGAGAAGGAAGCCGAGGUAGAGACCAUGAAGAAGAAGGAAGCGUGGAUGAGAGCUGCCCUGGCUAAGGCCACACGUUCUGGAUUCGUAUAUGCUGAUUCUGAGGAUUUGGGUCCCAACGCUGAAGAUGACGACAUUGACGGCCGUAAGAUCUCCGAGAUGGUCAUUAACCUGAAGCACUUGAAGGCUAAGUUGCAGGCUUCGGUGGCUGAACAGUCCAGGAAUGCUUCGGACCGAGUGGAAGAAGCAGAGAAGAUGCGCUCUAGUGCCAUGCAGGAGGCGGCAUAUUAUCGUGCCAAACUUGCAGCGCUCGAGGCGGGAUCGUCGUCAGAAGCAUCUCGCCUGGAUAGGGAUCGAAUCGCCGACUUAGAGCGGCAGCUUUCUACUGCUACGGAGAGUCGGGCUGAUCAAGAACGGAAGGUCCAGGAACUCAGCGAGUCGCUAGCAUUACAGACGACCCUGCUGGAGCAGGCCGAAGCUCGGGCAGACGAUGCGUCGAAACGCGCGGACAUGAUGACCGAGGCGCAUGACAGGAAUCAGCAGCAGCAGGCAUCGCUUCUUGAGCAACAAGAUGCGAUGGAGGCUACCAUUCGGGAUCAGACAGACAGGCUCCUGACACAAGUGUCUAGUAUCGAGCAGAUCGAAGCGGACAAUAUGAAGCUGCAGGCUCAGCUGGAAGAACUCGCCUUAUCACGCGAGCAACAUGUGCGUGCGCUUGAGCAGGCUCGUAGCGCAUUGCAAGUUGCCUCCAAUCGUGCGGAGGAGGUGGACACCAAGUACCAACGUGCUCAGGAGCAGAUUGGUCAGUUGGAGGGUGACCUCUCUGAACUCCGUGGUGAGCUCGAGGCACGAAAUGGGGAGAUUGACUCUGCUCGCGCAAGGAUUUUGGAUCUCGAAAAUUCCUGGGCGAAGUCUCGUGAGGAGGCUGAUGCCUUCCGCGCACUCACCACGGGUAGUCUCGGUGAGCUCUUGGACACGCAUCGUGAUCUCAAGAGCGACGAGGAUCGUGCUUCCCGCGGACACGCUGAGAAGAUUGGUGCCAUGGAGAGCGAGAUCACAUCACUUCGUGACGUGCUCAAAGAUGCUACCCGUCGUGCCGAUGACCUCCAUAAAGAACUUUCGCGAGAACGCCAAAAAGUUCGUGAAUUGGAGGUGGAUAGUCUUUCGUUGAGGUCACAAAUGGUUGGAUUGCGAGCUCAGUUGUCGGGUGCCCUUGCAGAAGGUGGUCGUCUGAGGAAGGAGUUGGCGGUCAAGGAUGUCGAACUGCGAGAUAGGAUCAAAGAGCAUGCUAGUCUCAACGUGCGUCUUGAUAUGCUGCGCAACUACCUUGCGGAACAUGGCAUUGUCGAAGGUCAGGACCUCGGUGCCAGGGGUGGCAAGGCAUCUCCUGCCCGCAUCGCAGAACUCGAAGACCAGUUGACUGAUACUACUCGGCUGCAAGAGCGAACGGAACGUGACCUCCAGAGAGCUAUUCAACAGAAGCGCGAUGCGGAGGCUCAAGUCGAGACGCUCUCUUCUGAACUUGAUCGCAUGCACUCUUCCCCUCAUGCACAGAAUGGCAUUGAUAGCUCAGCGGAAGCCCGGGCUUUGGAGGCGGAACGCAAGCUCGAGGAGUCGGAAGCGAGCUAUAAGGCCAGGCUGGCACAGUUGGAAGAUGAUUAUCAACUCGCAGUGCAUUAUGUGAAGGGCACGGAGAAGAUGAUGCGGAAGAUGAAGGAUGAACUGACCAAACAGAAGACUGUGAACCAAAGCCUGCAGGCUGAAUUGGAUCGUUCAUCAAGUGAUCCAGGGUCUCGUAUACGAGGAAUGAAUGGUCGUGGAACUCCUUCCUCCGACGCCAGUGACGCUCAUGAGAUGCUCCGAAAUCAAUUGAUCGACGCACAACGGCAGGUGCAACGACUAAAUGUUGACAACCGCGAUCUACGUUCUCGGAUAGACACCCUCGAAGGAGAUUUGGAGCAUAUGCGGGACAACGUCAUCGCCUCUCAACGUGAAUCUGACGAGCGACUAUCCCGAAUUGAAGAACUUGAGCAGGACGUUGAACGGCUGCAGAACUCGCUUGUCAUUGCCCGUGGUGGUCACGACGAGACGUUACUGGAGCAGCUCAGUAAUGAAAACACGAUUCUCAAGCGCGAGAAUGAACAAUUAUCGCACAAAAUUGGACUACUUUUGGAGGUUGAUCAACCGUCUUUCGGAGCUCGACCGAUCUCAGGCGUCUCAGAGCGUCGUGCAAGCACGUCCAGCUCCGAGAACGCUAUGGCGUUCGAGAAUCUUUCAAGUGAGCUUGAUGAUUGGCAAAGACAGCUUGCUAGCUCUAUGAGCAAUCGACGUCCACUCAACGAUUUUGAGACAAGUCCACUGGGGCAUGAUCGAAGCAGAUCGCGGUCGUAAUCCUUCCUAUUUAUCAUGACAUAUACCCUUCUUUCGGUCAUUUGUCGCGCACAUUCGUUUUUCUUUUUUUGCAUAUCUUACUAUAUAAUCCAGCUUCCUUGUUGCUUCUUUCUGUACCUCGUCGCUUUCUUACUCUGAAUUUAUGUACCCAUGUCAAUGGAUUAAUCGCUCUACUGUGGUAAUGGUAUACAUCAUAGAACAUGUCAUGAGCUGCCGGCAGCACGCUGUGUCCAUUCUACAGCUUUUGCUUUGACAGUGGCAGCACCGUCUUCAUCGCCUAUCCGACGUUCCAGCUCUAACCACUUUUUGAAGAAUGAUCUGGAAGGAGAACGAAUGAGCAUCGAAUGCGAUAACCAUCAGUGUGACAUUACAUACUUUGCUUUGUGGCUCGUCAUCUUCUGUGCCAAUAUUCGAUCGAAUAGAUUGCGUAUGCUAG